GCAAAACAACCAUCAACAAAAGCGCGGAUCAUCAACUCGGCGUUGGCGCGCAGAGGCGUUUUCCAGUGCACGAUUAUAAGCGGCGUUCACCUUCCUUUUUCUGUGGUGAAGCGAAGCCGCGGCUUUGAAGCUAGAAUAAGCGUAUACCGCUGCGGAGUGUAAUGCCCACCAUGGAGGAGCUGCGCCUCAAGGGCAACAAGUGCUUCGCUGACGACCCCGCUGAGGCAUCGCAGUACUACCUGCAGGCGGUGGAGCUGUACGAGGCGCAGCACACCAAGGACGCGUCGUGCACACUUGACGAAUUCGCCAAGAGUGCCGGCAACGCGCUAACGUGUCUCUUCAAGGUGGGCGAAACGGAGCAGUGCGCAGCGCUCGCCACGCGGGUGCUGCGGUCGAACCCGAUUCUUGCCAAGGCGAACGCCUUCUACGGCCGCUGUGCCCUCGUGGACCCCUCGUUGGAUGUGGCCAGUGAGGGCAACGGCACGGCGAGUGCGGCUGCGCUGAUGUUCCUCUGCCGCGCUAUGUACGAGCUCCCUGCGUUAGAGGAGAGUACCCGCGACAACGUCGAGGAGGCGCUCACGCGACUCAUGCAGGAGCAGCUGACGGUGUUCGCCACGUUCAACACGACCCGCGAUCAUGCGAUGCGUGUUGUGGCGGGUAAACACGGCAACGGCGUCGAGGCUAUUCGGAUCAUUCCCGCGUAUACCGAGGUGGCGUCGCUGCUGACGCCGUUCUCUGUGGGUGCCUAUGAGGAGUCGGGUGGCAAGGGCUGCUGUGUGGAGUGCAGUCGACCUAUUCAAGACGAGAACGAAGCUGGGAAUGAUGCACAUGAAGAUGAUGAUGACGAUGAUGAUGGUGACGGUGGGGAGAAGAGCAGUGCGAAUGGUGGGGUUACCGAGGAGAGGGAAAGCAAGCAAAAGAACUCCAGCGGCAUUCGGGGCUGCCCCGCAUGCGACAUGGUGGCGUACUGCUCUGAGAAGUGCGAGGAGACACAUCGCAAGCAGCACGAGCAGUUCGAGUGCGCACGAAUGCAGCGGCUGAAGGAGAUGAUGAGGGGGAUCGAAGCCCGCAAGGUCGACGCACCGGAGAUGUUCUACGAACUGGCGUACCACUGCAUCACCACCGUUGCGGGUCUGCGUGCGCAGCGAACGGGCCAUGAUCGCGUCCUGACGCUGUCCGCGCACGUCGACGAGGUUGUGCAGUCGCUGCAUCCCAUCGGGCCCCUCAUGUGUGAUCUGUUCAAGAAUGAAGAGCAGCCCCCACUGCUGUACCAGGUGAUCGGGGUGCUGCGCUGCAAUGCGCUGGAGGUGACGGACGAGAGUGGGCUCGGGGUAGGGCAAGGCCUGCACAUUGGGGAGGGCGUUGCUUCCUACUACAAUCACUCCUGUGCGCCGAACUGCGCCAUCGACCCGGUGCUGCACCGCAUCAUCACGACACGCACGGUCCAACCGGGAGAGGAGAUGACGAUUGCGUACAUUCCGCAGCUUUACUGGCCUACCCGCCUGCGUCAGGAGCGGCUCAGCGAGGGCUACUUCUUCGUGUGCCGCUGCCCCCGCUGCGUGAAAGGGGAUAAGGACGCGUUUGAGCUGGCGCUGAGCAUGGCGCUGCCCACCGCCCGCAGCGACGCGACGAAGCACUAUCACUCCAUUGUGCAGGUGCGGUGUAGCGCGGUGCGGGCCCGCAGCGUCGAGGACGUUUCCGCCAAGGACGCGGAGGAGCUGAACAGCCUGCUGUCGGAGCUGAUGAGGCACCUCUUUCCCUUUCAUUACCUGUGCCAUGAGGUGCGCAACUGCCUCAGCUUUGUAUACGCCGUGCUCGGGGACAGCCAGCGCUGCCUCUCCAGCUGCCUCGAUGAACUGCUCAUGUGGGAAUGCAUCUUGCCCGGCGCGCUUCCUGUGAAGCAGCUCAAGAUUGCGAACGCGCUGCAGUGUUUGCAGGGGCUAGGACCAGGGGCGACGUGCGCUGCUGCCUUGUACCCGCACCUGUCGCGUCUGGCGCUGCUGUACGAAGUCGCAGAGCCGAACUGA